AGUAUCCACUCGGCAUCUAUAGAAACUAAAGUUUAAACUAUGAAGAAAAUGUUUUUUUGCCCCCCUCCGACCAUGGAGAAAAUUGUGAAUAGAUUUUGUCAUUUUGCUGGCUUUAUUUAUAGUGUAAUUUCUCUCUCUCUUUACAGUUCUACUUUGCAAGUCCUGCAAGUUAACCUCCCUACUUGAUUGCAAAGUUGACCAAGUUCCGGUUUAUCCUUUCUUUAUUAAACAUCUCUCAAGGCUCCCCGACUUCAAAUCCGAAACAGUGAUCCAGUUCUAUUACACCCUCCCAAAAUUUUCAAUCCAGAGUUUGGUUUCUUCAACAUCCCGUUGUAUCCCCAUCUAAAUUUUCUUUAUAGCCACUUCUUCCUUGAAAACCUCAAUCUUCAAUCUAUAGCUCAGCUCUGAAAUUCCCGAUCCGAAAAUUCUCCUCCACUUUUCUUCUGAAUAUUCGGUAUAUCUGCAGAGUCUUUCCGAUUCUUCAUCUGGGUCUUUUUCCGUUUCCAUAUUUUUCCCAAACUUUAACUGAGUUUCUGUUCGAACCUCGGAGUUCCUCUCUUCCCUUAAAAUUCAGUUUCAGUCUCUGUAUCUGGCUAUUAUUAAAAAUGGGUACUUGCCUAAGCAAAGGCAAAACUUCAGAGCCAAGAUAUAAUGGUUAUACAUCAAUAGGUGGUUCUGAUAUGUACCACCAAAAAACCCAUGAACCUGUGGUUCACCAAUCAAAAAUCCCAACCCAACAACCAUACCACUUGCCAGCGCAGCAGGCGUUGAAUCCGUCUGUGCCGGUUCCAAGCCCAAAACCUGUCCUCAGGCCAGAUGCAAUUCUUGACAAGGCAUAUGAAGAUGUCAAGCAGUACUAUACCAUUGGUAAAGAAUUAGGAAGAGGUCAAUUUGGGGUCACUUAUCUUUGUACUGAGAAUUCAACAGGCAGGCAAUACGCUUGCAAGUCUAUAUCGAAGAGGAAGCUUGUUAGUAAGAACGACAAGGAGGAUAUAAAGAGAGAGAUACAAAUUAUGCAGCAUUUGAGCGGGCAGCCCAAUAUUGUCGAGUUUAAGGGUGCUUAUGAGGAUAAGCAAUCAGUUCAUGUUGUUAUGGAGCUAUGUGCUGGUGGGGAGCUCUUUGACAGGAUUAUUGCUAAGGGGCAUUAUAGUGAAAGGGCUGCUGCUUCAAUAUGCAGGGCAAUUGUUAAUGUUGUGAAUAUCUGCCACUUUAUGGGUGUGAUGCAUAGGGACCUCAAGCCUGAGAAUUUCUUGCUAUCUAGUAAGGAUGAGAAUGCACUUUUGAAGGCCACGGAUUUUGGAUUGUCGGUUUUCAUUGAAGAAGGGAAGGUGUACCGGGAUAUAGUUGGGAGUGCUUACUAUGUUGCUCCUGAAGUAUUACGACGCAGAUAUGGGAAGGAAAUAGAUAUUUGGAGUGCCGGAGUUAUCUUGUAUAUAUUACUUAGUGGGGUUCCUCCUUUUUGGGCUGAGACAGAGAAGGGGAUUUUCGAUGCUAUAUUGAAAGGAGAAAUUGACUUUGAAAGCAAACCAUGGCCAUCUAUUUCAGGCAUUGCAAAGGACCUGGUCCGCAAGAUGCUAACACAGGACCCAAAGAAAAGGAUUACUUCCAUUCAGGUUCUAGAGCACCCGUGGAUUAGAGAAGAUGGAGAAGCAUCGGACAAACCAAUUGAUAGUGCUGUCCUUUCCAGGAUGAAGCAAUUCACAGCAAUGAAUAAACUAAAGAAACUCGCACUGAAGGUAAUUGCUGAGAAUCUUUCUGAAGAAGAAAUCCAAGGGCUUAAGGCAAUGUUUACAAACUUAGAUACCGAUAGAAGUGGCACAAUCACCUAUGAUGAACUGAAGGCGGGGUUGGCUCGGCUAGGCUCAAAACUUUCAGAGGCUGAAGUCCAACAACUCAUGGAAGCUGCUGAUGUUGAUGGGAACGGUUCAAUUGACUACAUUGAAUUUAUCACUGCUACAAUGCAUAGACACAAGCUAGAAAGGGAUGAACAUCUUUUCAAGGCUUUUCUAUAUUUUGAUACGGAUAAUAGUGGGUUUAUUACCCGAGAUGAACUAGAGACGGCCAUGAAAGAAUAUGGAAUGGGUGAUGACACAACGAUCAAGGAAAUAAUAGCAGAAGUUGAUACAGAUAAUGAUGGUAGGAUCAACUACGAUGAGUUCUGUACCAUGAUGAAAAGUGGAACCCAACAGCAGGGGAAGCUCUUCUAGAUAAACAGCUCUCCUUGCUCUGCUACACCCAAGAACUCCUGCUGAAAAAGAUAACAUUUUGUAGAUUGAGGACGACUUGGAGCCGUCUUUGGUGGUGAUACCUGCUUUCAUAAUAAUUCCCGUCCAGUAUGAAUACCCGCUCCUUAAAGCGUUUAAGGACUCCAAUUUUUUUUUUUUAGUUUUUGUUUUUGUUUCUUGCUUUUGAGUGGUGCAAGAGUUGUGCAUAAGUAAUCAACCAUUUUCCUGAUUUUUUUUUUUCCCGAUGUAAUUCUGUAACUCGUUUGAUAUUUUGGAGGAUAGACUGUCUGAACUUUUAUCAGUGUCUGUUGAGAGAGAAUAAUAAUAUAUCCUUUACAGUUUGCUGAGU